AUGAGAACAACGUACUGGUUGCUUUCGCUCGUAUUACUUUGGGUUUCUGUUUUGGCAGACGUGAACCCUACCGCACCCAGCGAUGGCGAUGUUUACACGGUGAGCGGAUCCUCGGUUAGUUUCGAGGUUGGCUUUGACGAUGACGGUACCUCGCCUGAUAUCAGCACCGCGCUUUCGUUCACAAUCACUUUGGUGACCGGUCCAAACACAGACAUCACUGCCAGAAGCACUCUGGCGGAAUCCAUUUCGCUUUCCGACCUGACAGACAACAAAUACAAAGUCACUGUUGAUGCUGACGUUGGAGCUAGUGGCUCGUACUAUAUUCAAAUUUACGCCAGUUUCGGCUCGUCCAGUUACACCAUCCACUAUACUCCUCGUUUCCAGUUGAAGGGAAUGACCGGUUCAUUGGCAGCCUCGGGUUCUGGAGACCCUCCUGCCGCACAGACUGCGGGAGUUAGUGAGUCGGUCGACUCCAAAUCGUUCACCGUGCCGUACACUUUGCAAACUGGAAAAACAAGAUACGCUCCGAUGCAGUUACAACCAGGUAGCACAAUCACCGCCACCUCAUGGUCCAGAAGAUUCCCUACCUCUGCGGUCACCUACUUCACCACUAUCGCGGGUACUCCGAGCGUGUACUCUACAAAAACCCCUGGAUGGUCCUACACCAUGAGCUCCUUGGUGAACUACGCCACUCCUGCGCCUUUCCCAAGUGAAGUCAGUUGCGUAAACAAGUUAGUUAACCGUGGUGUAGAAGAUCUCGGGCACCUUGUGGCUCAGCUCCACGAGUUUUGUCACCGCAGCCUCGCUGAUUUGGCUGCCAAAGUCGAUGAUCUGGAUCACCUUGACAGUGUUGUCGGCGUCGACAAUUCCAAUGGUUUCGUACCAGUUGUUGAGCAGCAUCGACUCGAGCAGGGUCUGUUGGUUCUUGAAUCUCAGCUCCACAGACCCGUUGGCUUGAACAACGGCCGUGCCCUGGUUGGACGACUUGUCCACCAGUUUGCCAAUCACACGGACGGUCUUGUUGGUGAACUGGGCGAUGUUGCUGGCGUCGACUCUGAUUGA